UCGGACACUCGUGUUCUAUAAAUUCAAUAAUAACAUUAAAAAUCGCCAUCGCCCUGUUAUAAAUAUACAACGGGUUAUUCAAGUGCUUAAUUUGCAUACUUAAAUCUGAUACAUAGACAGUUUUAAGCAUAAAAAACUUAUAAACAGUAGUUGGUAUGACUACAUUUUGGGCGGGAUUUUAAAUAGAUUCUUUUUUUGUUUUUAUAUUUUUAAUUCUCAGUGCUUCUAUAUUUAAAUUAGGAACGUGAUAGCCACGAUUUUGUUACAUUCAAAGAGAACAUAUUUGUUUUUAUUUCUUUUUAUAUCUACUCUGUGUUUAAAACUAUUUUUUUUAAGAAUAGUAAAGUAUUAGUGUUUGUUUUAAGAAUUUUCUUUUUAAAUGGUUAUAACAGUUUGGUUAUAAAACUUUAAAGUGUUUGUGAUUGUAAUACUACGAUUGUGUUUUUUUCCGAGACAAGAGACAAUGGAAUAAAAACGGCAGGUAAUUGCCAGUCAUCAUUUUUUCAACAUCGAAGGCGAUUAUGGUAUCAAGAUGGUGGAUAAAACAAUAUAUUUGUUGUUUGUUUUUACAAUAACGACGCGGGUACAAGCACAGUUUUAUGACAUAUUCUCAGAACUUCGACCACAGUUUUACUACCAAACCAGUAGAUCGACAACUAAUCCCAUACAAGAGGAACGUACAACAAAAAGUCCAAAAUAUGCAUACAAUCAUCGAAAUGAUAACAGUAACACUACCACACAGGAGAAAAGAGGACAAAACACGAAACCAUCAGCUGUUGCAAGCAACGCUGACACACAUAGAGAUAGGCAAGUAACCAGAGAUAAACCUAAAAGAAGGAUAGUAACAGCAGUUCCAGUAUUUAAUUUCAACUUCGUAACAACUUCCAAACCUGCGAAACGUACAACUAAAGCUACAACUAAAAUGGUUAGCACGACUGUAGCAAAUGUACGAGAAGAUUAUAGAAUGGGAAAUGUGGGGAGCGGUAAUCCAAGUGUUGGUAGUAGAACACGAUGGCAGGAUAACGCUGAUAAUUUCAUUGCCGAUCAAUACACGCCAAGUCCUAAUUUUGAUACUACCAAUUACUAUAAUCGGUACACGACUUAUAAUCCACUAUACAAUGUUCCUGGAGUUAGACCUGCAUUGGUUGAUUCUUAUGGGCCUCCAAUAACGAAUAAACCUGCAACUAAAAGACCUUUAGCAGUAUUUCCGAGGCCUACGGAUGGUAGUGUUAUACGGUUUCCAGAGGGUCCUGAUACAAGUCCUCCUAUGCUGACUGGACCUGAUGAGGAUUCUAUGAGCAACGUUGAGAAGAGAAGAUACAUUGAAGUCUCUGAAAGAAUGUGUGACAAAUACAAAUCGAGGAGUGUGACAAAUUUGCAAGCGAUUCCACUGCUGCCGUCUCCAGACCCUGUCCAGUUUAAUGUGACCCAGUGCGCUCCUCCAGUGCCACUUGUGGUUGGAGGGAAGGCAGUGAGCAUACGGGAGUUCCCACAUAUGGUUUUGCUAGGAUGGACGAAGACCGUUGGUGGUGGAUACUCCUGGAAGUGUGGUGGUUCUCUGCUCAGCGACAAGUUCGUUCUAACGGCUGGCCACUGCGCUUAUCAGAAUAAAGACAACAGUGUGGUCACGGGAGGACCAAGAGUGGUACAAAUGGGCUCCACAUAUCUGGACGAUACCGGUGCUCUGGUGGUCAAAGUGGCAGCGGUGUAUCGACAUCCGAAGUAUACUCAGGCUCAAUCGUACUACGACACAGCGCUGCUCAAACUGGCCAGGACUGUCACAUUCUCCGAGGUCAUUCAGCCAGCCUGUUUGGGAGUACCGCCUGCAGUUGGAGAACAUGUAGUGGCUACCGGAUGGGGUCGCACGGAAUAUGGGGGCGACCAGUCUUUGGAAUUGCGAGGCGUUUCAAUUCCUAUAUGGGAUAUGGAAGACUGCAGACGGAUCCUGGGCGUCACCAGGAAACUGCCUCAAGGUCCAUUAUCGGAGAGCCAGAUCUGUGCUGGCGAGAGGAAGGGCGGGAAGGACACUUGUCAGGGCGACUCCGGAGGACCAGCCCAGAUCAAAGAUGGCUGCGUUUGGAGAGUGGUUGCUGUGACCUCAGUUGGGAGAUCAUGCGGAGCUGCCAAUACGCCAGCCUUAUACGCCAGGGUCCACAGAGCAUUCAUCGCUGCUGUAGUAUUUGGUGAACUAGCCACGACACAGCAAAAUGACGAAAAAAUAAACAACUAUGAUAGAAAUCAUCAAGACAAUGAUAAUAAAAGAUAUGACAAUUAUGAUAAUAAUAAUUAUGACAGAAAUAAAGAACAGAAUAGUUAUAAUAACAAUAAAUAUAAUAAUUAUGAAGGUGCAAGUCAGAGUAAUUAUGAUAAUAAUGCGCAACAAAAUAAUUAUGAUAGAAAUAAACAACAGAAUAAUAAUGGCUACAACAGGUAUAAUAAUUAUGAAACUACUAGUCAGAGUUAUUACAAUAAUAAUAGACAACAAAAUAAUUACGAUAGAAAUAAACAACAGAAUAAUAAUGAAAACAACAGAUAUAAUAAUUAUGAAAGUUCAAGUCAAAGUUAUUACGAUAAUAAUAGGCAACAAAAUAAUUAUAAUGUAAAUAAUGAAAAUUAUGACAAUUAUGGAAGCAAUAAUAGAAAUUCUAAUAAUAAUAGAGAUCAAAGUACGAGUUACGAUAGAAAUAAUCGACAGAAUUAUAAUAGUAAUGCUAAUUCAAAUUAUGAACCAAAUUACGAGAAUAGUGACGAUUCAUACGGUCAAAAUAGUUAUAGGGUAAAUGAUUUUAGUCGUCCAACAACGAAUAGUUAUAGAUAUGAUACUUAUGGUAAUGCUAAUUCUGAUUCUAGGGAUAAUAAUCAUAGGUCAGAUUAUAAUAACAGACAAAGAGAACAAUAUAGAGUUAGUGAUGAUAGUCCCAAUAAUGAGGAUAUUAUUUAUUGGCCUGAUUCUAAGAAGUAAAAUAAAGCUCAUGAUACUUAGAAAUUAGGCUUUGGAGUUAAUAUUGUGUAAAUAUGAAAUAAAUAAACAAAUAAAUUUAAUAAUAAUAAAUUUUAAUUAGAGAACCGAGAAUUUGCCUGUUUAAUGAAUUAAUAAUAGAACAUAAUUUGGCGUACGUUACUUAGAAAAUAAGUCUACAAUAUUGUACAAAUUUCACGAAAUUUUUUAUGUAGAGGGCCAUCUAUUAAUCACGUUUUUUUAGAGUAUUUAACACCAUCCUCCUUUAUUGAUACGUCGUGA